AUGCGCGUUGGUGGACGUAUCUCGGACUCGGAGCCGUGUCAUAGGAAGCAUGCAGCAUCCGAGCAUCGUUCCGAGGCAAGCCGCGAAGGUGAUCUGCAUGCCGACGCGUGUAGAGCAGUGCCACACAUCGCCACACAUCGCCACAACCACGCUUCGUCUUCCCGGCCCUCCUCUACCCCUUCAACUCUCUCCUUCCGCGACCCGUGGACAUGGACCAAGCUCAGAGCGAGUCUCCGUGUCUGCGUACUGGCCGCAGACGCUGGCCCUCGCCGCCGAAACCCGCCGCUCGGCACACCGAGCCGUUUCUCACGCUCAUAG